GCGUCCGUGGGUUAGUCGCCAACAUGCAGCUCUUCCUACGCGUCCAGGAACUACACACCCUCGAGGUGACAGGCCAAGAAACGGUCGCCCAGAUCAAAGCUCAUGUGACCUCACUGGAAGGCAUUGCCCCUGAGGAUCAAGUCCUGCUUCUGGCUGGCUCGCCGCUGGAGGAUGAGGCCACCCUAGGCCAGUGUGGCGUGGAAGCUCUGACCACUUUGGAAGUAGCUGGCCGCAUGCUGGGAGGUAAAGUUCAUGGUUCCCUGGCCCGUGCUGGAAAAGUGAGAGGUCAAACUCCCAAGGUGGCCAAGCAGGAGAAGAAGAAGAAGACAGGCCGGGCCAAGCAACGGAUACAGUACAACCGUCGCUUUGUCAACGUUGUGCCCACCUUUGGCAAGAAGAAGGGCCCCAAUGCUAAUUCCUAAGUCCUAUUGUGAUCCUGGCAGUUUAAUAAAGUCCCUUUGUCCAAAAAAAAAAAAAAAAAAAAAAGAAA